UUUUUUUUUUUUUUUUUUCAUGAUCAUGCGUAGAAUUUAAUACUAAUAUAGGUAGAUACCGGGCACUGGCUACCUAUAUGGGUAAGUUAUAUGUACAUCAUAUCAUUAUAACAUUAUAACAUUAUAACAUUAUCGCCAUCACAUGCGUGCAAAGGCGUAAGCAGCUGCAAUGCGUUCGAUUUUUUUUUCCCUAUUAUACACAGCACUCAUUCACUCACUAUUACAAUAACCGUCGUCGUCAUCGUCGUCCGCGUACGAAUAUCAAGGAGGCAGCUGCUAUUUCGUUUCCGUCUUUCCGUCCACCAAACGGUUUUAGUCUAUAUAGUUCCUGUGCCGGCACCAAACCGUCAACCGCCACUACACGCUUGAACCGUAUAUACAGCGAAUAUCUAAAUAGUCAAUAUACUCGCAGUAACAUUUUUUCAUAAUAUUUUACCGAUAAAGGUUCUAAACUUGAAAUACUUAUUUUUAUUUUUAUAAUACAUAAUUUAAUCAAAUUUCAAAUUUCAAAUAAUAUACAAUAUACCUCGUACGACGUGUAUGUCAUAGAAGAUAGGUAUAUUAUAGCUGCAGAUAUCUAUCAUUGUUGACGCCAAGUAUUUUACUAUGUUCAUAAACUACAAUAACAGAUUAUUCAACUAUACAAAAAUGUAUUGAUUCCAGGUCAUCGCUGCAAAGACGACAUAGUAAACAUUUCAUCGUUUAAACGUUUUUUUUUUUAUAUAAGUGGGAAUGACUACGGAGGGGUUUAAAUCAAAGGAAAUUUUUUUACAAGCUCAAAAAAAGUUCUUGGGCAAAGUAACCAAUAAAAAUGUUAUAAAAUUAUUUAUCCAUGAGCGCAAUGCUAAUAUCUUGGAUAAUUUAUAUCGACUUGCCAAAAUUUAUACGGGAAAUAAGAAAGAAUCCGAAAAGUUGACGAAAAACAUUAUCAAAAUAAUUGUAAAAUUAAGUAUUUUAUAUAGAAAUGAUCAAUUUGAUAGUAAUGAAUUGGAAUUAGCGAAUAGUUUUAAAGAUAAAUUUAGAGAGUUAACUAUGAUUGUUGUAAGUUUUUACGAAAUAGAAUUUAGUUAUGACAAACAUUAUAUAACUAAUUAUUUAUUUAAGUGUAGAGAAAUAUUAAAAGAAUUAAUCAAAAGACAUCUCACGGAUAAAACACUUUUACGGGUAGACAAAAUUUUUGAUUUUUUUUCAAAUCCUGCAUUUUUAGAUUCAGUUUUUAUUAACCCAGAUUCCGGAUUAACCGAAACCGUGCACAUUAUAAUUAACGACUUAAAAGAAUUAUUAGAUAAAGACUUAUAGUAUAAUUUAAUAUAUCCUACUGAACACUUCAUACUUCAUGUUUAUAUUUAUCAAUUAUUGUUCAUUGAUUAGUAAAUCAAUUUAAAUUUAUUAAAAAACUUAACAUAAUAUCAUCUAUUGAUUUAAGCCUGACGCAUUAACGGUAUUUUUUAAGAAACAUUGUAUAAAUUGUAUAAAUAUUUUUGUUAGCAACCACGGUUAUGUACAACUGUACAAGUAACUAAAAAGAUAACUUAACUAGCAAAAUAUUUUUAAAUUACAUGUUGGUCAUAGCAUGGAAAAUAUGAUUGACGGUUUGUAAAAUGGAUUAUACUCAUACUUUAAGUUACCCAACCAAUUAAAUUAUUAUACUUAUUAUUUAUUUAUUUUUCCAUUUUAAAUUACUCAAAUAGUUUCUUUUUACGAAAAA